AUGAGCAAUGGUCAGGGUGCCAUCUUGAAUUCCAUGGCCAUUUGGUUUUGUGAAACUUGUGGAGGAGGGCAUGGAGCAUCUCAGUCCCCUAUUGUAAGUUCAGCAGUAGCUCCUAUGGAACAGUUGGAAAGAGCUAGUACUAAAAGACCUCAAGGAAGCCUCCCAAGCAAUACUGAAGCAGACCCAAGGAAGCAGCUUAAGGCUAUCUCACUUUGUAGUGGUAAGACCAUCAAGGCUCAGGGUCCUAUUGUCAUGAUAGAGAGGGCAACCGUACGGGAAGUCCCUAGUUCUUCACAGGAAUCCAUAGAGGAGGAAGAGGAAGCAGUUAAGGAAGAACCAAAAGAGUCAUCACUAGCUCGACCCACAGUUCAAGAAUACAAAACCCAAGUUCCUUACCCUUCCAAGCUGAAAGCUGAUAAGGAGGAUGUGAAGUUUAACAAAUUCAUAAUCAUCUUCAAGCAACUCCAUAUAAACAUUCCCAUAGUGGAAGCAUUGUCCCAAAUGUCAAAGUAUACCAAAUUUUUGAAAGACUUGCUUACCAAUAAGAGGAAGUUGGAAGAGGUUGACACAGUGGCUCUCAACAGGAAUUGUUCCUCCAUUAUGGAUAAAAAGAUGUCAAUAAAGUUGAGAGAUCCUGGAAGCUUUGUGAUCCCAUGUUUGUUAGGUGAUGGCGGGGAAGAAAAUGCACUCACCGAUUCUGGAGCUAGCACAAACUUAGCCAGUAGGUCAGUAAGGAGACCACGGGGAAUUGUGGAAGAUGUGCUUGUAACUAUUGAAAAACUUGUCUUCCCCGUAGACUUUGUAAUUCUUGAUAUAGAUGAGGAUGCAAAGACCCUACUCAUUCUUGGACGACCCUUCCUAAAUACAUCCAAGCCCCUUAUCAAUUGGAGAGAUGGAAAGAUAAUAUUGAACGUGGGAGAUGACGAAGUGAUGUACCAACUCCCAAGUUCCAUGAAGCAUUCACUAGACCAAGACGAUGAAUGUUAUUUUACACAUGAGCCUGACCUUUCUAUGUAUGAUUUUGUGAAGGAUGUAUUCAUUGUGAACCCUACUCGCGAAUAUGUGAAGCAGCAGCUUGGGGAAGGACAGAUACAACUUGCAAAGCCACGACAUUAG